AUGUUGGCCGUUCAGCCUCGCCGAAUCUUGACGCGGCCCAAGAGUCUGUUCGUGUUUGCACUGGUUGCAGCAACUCUUUACUGGGUCCUGCUGCACGGUUCCAGCGUCGGCCGCCAUGCCAUAGGACCGCAAGACAAGACCUCGGAGCGCCCGGCGCCUCACACCCAGGUUGGGCAGCCUGCGCAGGGCGCAGAACAGGAGCAAACGCCGCUGCAGGGAGAUUCAACGUCGAGCGAUGCCGAGAAGAAGCAGGGUCCGGCCUCCGGGUCGAUUAACGCUGCCGCCGCUGCUGCUGAAGAAGAGGAGAGAAAACAGCGCGAGGAACAUGACCGGUUUGAAGAUGGUGUGCGUAAGCAAUGGGAGUUGGAGAGUGAUGCGUUGGGAAGGCUUUCAAAUGCCGGUGCCAUCUACGGCAAUACCUUGGCAACUCUCGUGAACAAAACCUCACCGCGGAAAAAGAUGUUUGACGCGGUGUUGAAGCCAGCGGACGAGAUGACGGGCUUCAGUGUCGACCGGCCCUUUGUCUACGACCCAUAUCCCCACUACAACAACAAGGAAUGGAAAGCUACGAAGAAGGCCGAGUUCACGGCCUGUGAUGGACCUGAUGGGGUACCAGUAGAGGAUAUCCGGGUCUUUGCAGGUGCGCCGCAUGAAUUUCCCGCGCCCGGAUUCGGUAGCUACGAAGUCCUUAACAUGGAUGGAAACCUCUGCUUCGAGAGGGAGACUAGACUCAGUCCAUAUGGCUAUUCGCACAACGGCAACCACACCAGAAAGCCAGAGGACUGGGAACAGGUCAAAUGGGGUUCAUUGCAGGAGAUCUGUGUUCAGAAAAACAAGGCGAGGUUCAAUAGUAAAGGGGCGCCGAACCCCUACUUGGAUGCUCUGCAUAGCCGAGAUAACAGCACCUCUGAUGAACAGUCCGAGACCCCAAGCACCACCCACGUACGCCAAAAAGCUGGCAAAAAGGCGCUACUUCGGAGGCGCUUUCUCGGCACGGAGGAGAAGCGAAGCCCGGAGGUGGUCAAAGAGUCGAGGACUGCACUUUUGAUCCGCACUUACACAGGGAAGGAAUACAGCGAAAACGACAAGCAGAUUGUCCGAUCUUUGGUUACUGAGCUUUCACUUCGUACGGGCGGACAAUACCAGGUCUUCCUGUUUGUCCAGGUCAAGGACAAUACCAUUGGUAUUUGGGAAAACCAGGAGACGUACGAGUGGAUGCUUCACCAGUCCGUACCUAAAGAGUUUGUCGACAUGACAAUCCUGUGGAACGAUGUCGCAACAGAGUCAACGUAUUCGAAGCUGAGCUCUAAGCAAGCCAGCGUUCACGUUGCGCAGUGGUUGUCUGUACAGAAGUUCGCACAAGAGUUUACCGAGUUUGAUUAUGUUUGGAACUGGGAACUCGACUCGCGGGUUACUGGCCAUCACUACGAUUUUCUGGAGAAGUUAGUGGCGUUUGCGAAGAAGCAACCUCGUCGCGGCUUGUGGGAGCGCAACGAGCGAUUCUAUAUACCUUCCGUCCAUGGCGAUUACGACACAGACUUUCGCAAGGAGGUCGAGAGCCAUGCUGUCAACGGCUCAGUAUGGGGGCCUCCCACACUACCUUUUAUUCAACCUGUCGGACCUGAGCCUCCCGUUUCGAAACCCGAAGACGACGACUUCAAGUGGGGUGUUGGCGAGGAAGCUGAUCUGAUCACCCUUGCUCCUAUCUUCAAUCCCAUCAACAGCUCAUGGAUUGGUGGCACUGAUGUCUGGGGAUACAAUGAUUCAACGCACGACUCUCAAGACCUACCACGAAGAGCGACUAUCAUUACUCAAUCUCGAGUCUCUAGGCGCCUUCUGGAUAUUAUGCAUGUCGAAAACCUGAAGGGCAACCAUGUUUCCUCUGAGAUGACCCCCCAGACUGUAGCGCUGCUACACGGUUUCAAGGCAGUGUAUGCGCCGAUGCCUGUGUUUUUCGACCGGGCCUGGUCCGGCGACAGGCUCGCAAAGUGGUUCAAUGGUGGGUUGAACGGCGAGAGUGGCGGUAUUGGAAGUGCGAUGGGCUGGGGACGUGAAGGCCGAUAUGGCGGAAGUACCUGGUACUAUCGUGCCAACCCCCCGCAAAGAUUGUACAACAACUGGAUGGGCUGGGAAGAUACCGGAAUAGGCGGUCUAGAAUGGGAAGACAUCCACGGCCGUCCUUGCCUCCCACCCAUGAUCUUGCACCCGAUUAAGGACGUCGAGGAGACCGAGCCAGGUCACACAAGUGAAUCGAGGCUGCCUUACUCUUGA